AUGUUUGGCAAGCCAACCGGAACCAUCUUCGUUCUCCUCCUUCUCCCGCGAGCCUUCUCCUUCUCCAUAUGCCCACCUUCUUCAUCAUUCACUGCAGCUAGAUGCCAUGCUGCCGUUGCUAUACGGCAACUCAAAUGCUGCGGCAUGGCAGGAAUCGAUCCAAGGGAAAGAGAGCGGGAGGAGAUCGAGAGGAAGUACGCCCUCAAGAGUGCAAUGAUAGGAAGCAAGAUGUGUGGACGCUGCUGGCUUCAGACAGCAUGGUGCAUCUGCUCCUGCGCCAGCAAGUUUCAAGAUGUGGCAUGCGAUCCUCCUCAAGGCAUGCCGAUCGAUGUUAUCCUGUACAGCCACGUUGACGAGUUCAUGCGAAAGUCCAACACAGGCAGCUUGCUGCACCUUUGCUCUCCCCUUGUUCGAACUCACCUGCUUGUAUGCGGGCGAUCCGACGACGAGCAUCGGCUGGAGGAGCUUCUUGAAGCAAGGAAGGGGAAAGCGUGUGUGGUCUACCCAUCGGACGACGCUACCCCCGUAGAGAGCUUUCUCGAGCAGCAGCAUGACACGGCUGGAGCGUCGGGAAUGACUUUCAUCUUGCUGGAGGGGACGUGGAGGCAGGCGAGGAAGAUGGAGAAGCGGGUGCGGAGCGAUAUCCCACGAGUUGCUAUCCCCCCGAUGGAGGGAGGGGCCGACGGCCGCAUGAACACGAUCAUGGCGUUCGGCGAGGUUGUUCUCAAGAUGCCGAUGGGGACGGAGGUGAAGAAGAGCUUGUUGAAGCGCAUGGACCAGCUGAUGAAAGCGAAGCAAGAUGCUCUCUUCGAAAUCCACGGACGUCACGGGACCAAUACGGAGAACAGUAGGAGGAGGAGAUUCCCUCAGGAGCGAGACGCGGCGUACAGCAAGUGGGAGCUCCUCUGA